ACCACCAAGGGAAGCAGGGUUUGGGAAGAGAUGGAGACAGGAGAGGCCAGGGGCUGAGCAGCGUGAGUGAAUAGUGUUCCAGGCAGGAAGCACCCAGUGCACAGGGAGCUGGUCAGUAGAUACACCAAAUAAUGGCACGUCCUGGCAAAGCAGCGCAGGGGACUCUGGCUGGACUGCCGCGGACCCAUGUCCAGCCCUUACUAACAGUAUGGGUUUGGGUGGAGAUUUCACUUUUUAGUGCUUCAGUUUCUCCUGCUUUGUGGGGUCCUUAUGAUGACCCCACAAUGACCUUAUGAUGACUGGUGAGUUUACCUGUGUAAAACACUUACUUUGGGCACAGAGCCAGUGAGCAGGAGAAAAGCAGACUGAGGGGAGAAGUGGGGGGGGCCCUCCAGGCAGGUGGAGCGGUCAGCACUGGGGCCUGCAAGCCUGCUGACUGCUGCAGCUGCACUAGAUUGGGCUGGAUCCUUCCUGGGUGCUGCAGACCUGCCGGCUCCAUAAGCAAUGAUGAUAAGCAUGGACGCUGGCAUGUACUAAGUGCUUGCCAUGUGUCAAACCACGUUGUGAGGCUGUCUGUGCCUGUUCUGCUGAAUCUUCAUGAGGAGUCUGUGAGGUGGGCACUGUUGUCCUCUUCAUUUCAGGAGGAAACCCAGGCCCAGGAGACUUAGUGACUUGCCCAAGGUGACUCAGCUCAUAACUGGCUGAGCCAGGAUUUGAACCCACAAAGUCUAGGUCUUAACCACUGAGGGUACCUGACACCCACCCUGAGCUGAGCCCUUGCAAGACCUGCUGGGAAGCCCUGUCCAAGUUAGCCGAACGCACUGGCUGGGCUCCUGGCCCCUCCGUUCACCAUCUGAGACUCCUUGACCACCAGUCUGUCCCAGCCUCGCUUGGCCACCUAUAAACCAGGGGUGGCAGGGCAGGCUUCUGUGAAAAUGUCAUGGGCUAAUAGUGGUCAAGUGCGUGACACAGCCUGGCACCUGGGAAGUGAUCAGGAAAUGGUCGCUGAAAAAAAAAUACACCAUCCCGUCACUCAUCCAGCAGUUUACCAAAUGCCAAGCAAGUGACAAGGGUUCCUGCCAGACAGGGCUCCCACAGCCCAAAAAGACUGGUCCAAGAUAAGCCCCCAUCCCUGCAUGUAGCACAGUAAGCAGUGUGAGUUGCCUCCAUUUGUCUUGAGCAAGGUGCCUGUUGUCUCCCAUGGCCAGAACAAGAGAGGAUGGAACUGAACCUUGCCAGAGGUCUGGCUGACAGCGCUCAGAUUGAGGACGAGACGCAGGUGUCACGGGCCACUCAGGGUGAACAGGACAAUUACGAGAUGCACGUGCGAGCCGCCAACAUUGUCCGAGCCGGCGAGUCCUUGAUGAAGCUGGUGUCCGACCUCAAGCAGUUCCUGAUCCUCAAUGACUUCCCCUCAGUGAAUGAGGCCAUCGACCAGCGCAAUCAGCAGCUGCGCGCACUGCAGGAGGAGUGCGACCGGAAGCUCAUCACACUGCGAGACGAGAUCUCCAUCGACCUCUAUGAGCUGGAGGAGGAGUAUUACUCGUCCAGCUCAAGCCUUUGCGAAGCUAAUGACCUGCCUCUGUGCGAAGCUUACGGGAGGCUGGACCUCGACACAGACUCUGCUGAUGGUCUCUCGGCCCCUCUGCUGGCGUCCCCGGAGCCCAGUGCUGGCCCCCUACAGGUGGCAGCCCCUGCCCACUCUCAUGCUGGUGGCCCUGGCCCCACUGAGCAUGCCUGAGCCUCCGGGGCCACCCUUCGUUCUCAGGAACAAAACCUGAGGCUGCCCUCUGGAUGCCGCCAUAGUCUUGCUUCUCUCAGCCUAGGUUCCCAUUUGGGGACUUCCUUGGGAAGCUUGUUAGCCCAGGGUGGGUCCAGCCAGGUCAGUAGGGAAACAGUUGUUUCCCUAGCCAUUUCCGAACAGCACAUCGUUCCCUGAGUUACCAUCUCUGUUUGCUGCCUUCCUGGCCGACCAGGUGAAAGAAGGUUUCCAAGCUAGGUCUGGCAUGUUGAGGAUCUCAGCAGUGGGGCAGGAGGGCACGUGAUUUCAGGGGAGUCCUGACCUGAGCCUGUUGUCAGAGUUGGGAGGGGCUCUGAGCAGUGUUGGGCAGGCUGGGUCUCCCAUUCCGAGGCCAGGGUUCCUGUGCAGAGCCCCACCCACUGGUUUUUGCCCUGAGCCACAUAUGUCUGUGCCAUGGGCUGAAUGCCACGGCAGGUGCGUGUGACAGCGGCUGCCCACACAUGUGGAAGCUAGGUGGGACUCAUUCCUAAUUCUGCCUCUGUAAUGAGACUUGAUUAAAACACCACCACCCUUUUGCA